AUGGCUUUCGAAAUCCUUUUGGCAGAAGCAAAUGAUGCAGCCCAAUUUGCCGACGUGUUCAUAGCUGCCUUCGACGACGAAUUCAACCGGACCAUGUUCCCUCACACGCCCGAGAUACGAGACUGGCUUAUCGCCGAGUUUUUCGGCGCGGGCAUGGCGCGGUCAAUCGCGGGCCAGGGAUACGAGAGCUUUAUCAAAGUGGUCAAAGCCUCCGAUCCAGCCGCGAUCGUGGCGUUCGCAAAGUGGAAACGUCCCGUGUCUGCAGAUCAUGACUCGCGCGCGCAUGAAGACGCAGAGGAAGACAAGAUGGAUUUUCCCAAGGAGUGUGAUGCGGAGCUAUGCGGGCGGUUUCUCGAAGCCAUGGAUGUGCAGCACGAAAAGUGGAUGGGCGAACGGCCUCACUACUAUCUGGAUUUGCUGGGUGUUCACCCCGCAUAUCAAGGUAAGGGCUUGGCAACGAAGUUGUUACAAUGGGGCAUCUCACGCGCUGAUGAGAGUCGAGUGGAAGUGUAUCUUUCUGCCUCGCCGCAAGGGAAGCCCCUGUACGAGAAGUAUGGGUUUCAAAGUUUGGGCUCAAUUAAUCCAUUUCCCGGAUAUGAGCAAGUCAGUAUGGUGCGGCCUGCCAGAAAUGAUUAA